AUGUCCAACUAUCCGCAGGGUUUCGUUGAAAUGGCACCAUCUCGCGUACCAGUUCAUGACCCAUGCUGGAAGAUACUUGGUUUCUUUCCACACUGCGGAAAGCCACUAAUUCGAGUCGCGAAAGAAGCAGAGUCUGCCUACAGCGCAACAGCGAAGGGGCUAUGCAAAGAAGAGGAGAAGUCUUUCCCGGAAGAGUGGGACCGGGUACAGCAAAACGGUACCUUUGCUGGCAUCGAAUUGCUGCCCUGA